CUCGGACCGGGAUAUUGAGCUUCUGCGAUUGUGUCAGUGGAAAAGUCGCGGCAGAGCGUAAGGAGAGAGAAGGGAUAGAUAGGAAGAGAAUGUCGGACGAGCCUGCAACUGUUGCCGGACGGCGGAGGAGCCGACGAACCGGUGUGGCGGAUAGGGCUAGUGCGCUGGAGCGUAUUAGAGCUUUCCGAAGCGGUGAACGGCUCUCCAGAGAGCCUAGCGCCUACCAGAUCAAGAUGGAGGAUCCGAUUUACGACGUAGUUGACGAUGACGAGUAUAAAGCUCUAGUUGCCAAGAGGAGCGAAGAGGUUCGAGGGUUUAUCAUAGAUGACAAUGGUCUGGGUUACGGAGAUGAAGGUCAAGAAGAGGACUGGUCAAUUGCUGGGCUCCCCCACUCUUCUGAUGAUUCAGGAGGUGAGGCUGAAAGGCCGAAGAAGAAGAAGGCAUCGGAGAAGAAGGAGCAAGUUACUAAGAAGCCAUCUGCCGCACUGUCAGCUGCAGCAGCAUUGAUGGGUAAGCAGCGGAUUUCCAAGAUGUUCACUUCUUCAGUGUUUAAGAAAAGUAGAGACGAUUCAUUGAAGAAUUUGUCAUGUGAUAGCAUUGUGGAUGAGGUAAUAGCUGAAUUUGCUCCUGACGAAGCUGAUAGAGAAAGGAGACGAAGGGGAAGCGCAAAUUUAUCUUCGAAUUUGGCAGGUUCACCUCAGAUUAGUUCAAAGUAUAAGCCCAUAAAAAACGAGACGCCUAUUCAAGAGAGUGUCAAUUUGUCUGUAAAUGAUGAAGCCAGCAAAGCUAAGCCAUUUGUAGAAAACACUAUAAUUGGUAAAUCUAUGUCGCCUGCUCUGCCUGACAGCCAUUUGAUUAACAAAAAUGACCCGCCUGAGAAACUUGAGCGGGUAUUGGUUUUGGAUGAGGACGUGAAGGAGAAGGAAGUGGCAGAAAUAAGUGAUAACUCAAUGAAAGGAAUUGAGUAUACUGAGAAUGUGCCAAGUGGAGCUGAUGUGAAGGUAGAUCCAGUGGCGGACUGUAAGGUAUUUACACUAAAUGCUAAAAUUAAAGCUGAAAAUGAUUCAGCUUUAAGUGCAACUGUAGAGUGGCAAGCAAUGAGCGGUGCUGGAAAGUGCUCUAGCUUAAAUAAUGCUGAAGAAAAUUCAGACUUGGACCUGGGGUCUGAUGGAUCAUUUCCUUUCUUCAUAAUUGAUGCCCAUGAGGAACUUUAUGGAGCCAAUUCAGGAAAUCUGUUUCUAUUCGGGAAGGUAAAAGUUGGAGGUACAUAUCAUAGCUGCUGUGUGAUUGUAAGGAACAUGCAAAGAUGUGUUUAUGCAAUCCCAAGUAGUAGUCUAUUUCUUAAAGAUGCAACCUUGAAGCUAGAGAAAGAUCUCAAAGAGUCUCAAAUUUCUGCUGCUGCUUUUCACAGCCAGCUGCAUGAGAUGGCAUCAGCACUAAAAGCUGAAUUGACAAAUCAGUUGGUGGAACAUAAUGUCUCAAGUUUUAGCAUGGCGCCUGUCAAGAGGAAUUAUGCAUUUGAAAGGUGUGAUGUGCCUCUUGGCGAGAAUUAUGUCCUUAAGAUUAACUAUCCAUUCAAGGACCCACCACUUCCACCAGAUCUCAAGGGAGAGCAUUUUUGUGCUUUACUUGGCACCCAUAGCAGUGCACUUGAGCUCUUUCUUGUAAAGAGGAAAAUCAAAGGGCCCUGCUGGUUAUCAAUUUCAAAGUCUACUAGCUGUCAAACAUCUCAACGUGUUAGCUGGUGCAAAUUUGAAGUCACUGUGGAUAACCCAAAGGAAAUUCUUGUUUUGAAAAAGAACAUCCCAGAGAUUCCUCCUGUGGUUGUAACGGCAAUAAAUUUGAAGACUAUUAUCAAUGAAAAACAAAAUGUCAACGAGAUUGUCUCCGCAUCUGUCGUUUGUUGUCACAAGGCGAAGAUUGAUGCACCAACUUUAAUAUCUGAAUUAACAAAACCUGGGAUGCUUUCACAUUUUACUGUGGUGCGAAAGCUUGAGGGAAGCAUAUAUCCAAUGGGAUUUACUAAAGAAGCUGCUGAUAGAAAUGCAAAAGCUGGAUCUAAUGUUAUUAGUUUCGAAGGAAGUGAAAGAGCUUUGUUGAAUCGGUUGAUGAUUGAGUUACACAAGUUGGAUAGUGAUGUGCUUGUUGGGCACAAUAUAUCUGGUUUUGAUCUGGAUGUUCUGCUUCACAGAGUUCAGGCAUCCAGAGUCCCAAGCAAUAUGUGGUCUAAAAUUGGCCGUCUUAAGCGUUCUGCCAUGCCUAAGCUUACUAAAGGAAGUAAUGUAUUUGGUUCAGGAGCAAGUCUAGGGAUCAUGUCUUGUAUUGCUGGGCGCCUCCUGUGUGAUACCUUUUUAUGCUCUCGUGAUUUAUUAAGAGAGGUUAGCUAUUCCUUGACAAACCUCACAAAGACACUGCUCAAUAAGGAUCGUAAGGAGAUAUCUCCACAUGAUAUUCCGCAAAUGUUUCAGGCUUCUGACUCUCUUAUGAAACUAAUUGAAUAUGGAGAGACAGAUGCGUGGCUGUCAAUGGAACUCAUGUUUCAUUUGAGUGUUCUUCCCCUCACUCUUCAGCUGACUAACAUUAGUGGUAAUUUAUGGUGUAAAACUCUCCAGGGUGCUAGGGCCCAAAGAGUGGAGUAUCUAUUGCUGCACGAAUUCCAUAGUAAGAAAUUCAUAGUACCAGACAAACUAUCUUCUAAAACAAGGGAAUCAAAGCUGACAAAGCGUAAACUAAACCAUGGCGAUGAUGGAAAAGAAAGUGAUGUAAUCAAUCUUGAUGACUCGAGUUUUGGAAAUGAGCUCUCAGAAAUUGAGAAUGGAAAAACCAGAAAGGGGCCUGCCUAUUCUGGAGGUUUGGUUUUGGAGCCAAAACGAGGGCUAUAUGACAAGUACAUACUGUUGUUGGAUUUCAACAGUCUCUACCCAUCUAUUAUUCGGGAAUACAAUAUAUGUUUCACCACUGUUGAAAGAUCUCAAGAUGGAUUGCCUCCUUCUUUACCAUCUAGUAAAGAAACUGGAGUCCUGCCAAAGUUACUUAAGUACUUGGUUGGGAGGAGACAAGAGGCAAAGAAGUCUCUAAAAGGAGCAUCGGGUCUUCAGGCCCAGCGGUUGGACAUACAGCAACAAGCACUCAAGUUGACCGCAAACAGCAUGUAUGGUUGUCUGGGAUUCCAAAAUUCUAGAUUUUAUGCUAAGCCUCUAGCAGAGCUUAUAACACAACAGGGAAGAGAGAUAUUGCAGAGUACAGUGGACCUUGUUCAGAACAUACUCAACUUAGAGGUUAUUUAUGGUGAUACUGAUUCAAUCAUGAUUUAUAGUGGGCUUGAUGAUAUUUCCAAAGCAAAAUCCAUGGCAAAGAAAGUUAUCGAUCAGGUUAACAAGAAAUAUAAAUGUCUGGAAAUUGAUCUUGAUGGCUUGUACAAAAGAAUGCUGCUCCUCAAGAAAAAGAAAUACGCUGCUGUAAAAGUUCAAUUCAAGGAUGGGAAGCCUUAUGAGGUCAUUGAAAAGAAAGGUCUUGAUAUGGUUCGUCGUGACUGGAGCUUGAUAUCAAAGGAAUUGGGAGAUUUCUGCCUCAGUCAAAUACUAUCAGGAGGAUCUUGUGAGGAUGUUGUUGAAUCAAUUCAUAAUGCCUUAGUAAAGGUUCAGGAGGAUAUGAGGAAUGGACACGUGGAACUUGAAAAGUAUGUCAUAACCAAAUCAUUAACGAAACCUCCUGAAGCCUACCCUGAUUCAAAGAAUCAACCUCAUGUUGAAGUUGCUCUUAGGUUGAAGAAAAGUGGUUACAUUACUGGCUGUUCUGCUGGUGAUACUGUGCCAUAUAUCAUCUGCUGUGAACAGGGAAAUCCUACAAGUAGCUCUGUGGGGAUUGCUCAGCGGGCAAGACAUCCCGAUGAGCUGAAGAAUGACAAUGAAAAAUGGAUAAUUGACAUAGAUUAUUACCUUGCACAACAGAUACAUCCUGUGGUAGCACGACUUUGUGCAUCUGUUCAGGGAACCAGUCCUGCACGUUUGGCUGAUUGCUUGGGUCUUGACGCAUCCAGGUUCCAAAACAAAUCAAGCAACACUGUCAGUGAUGAUCCUUCAAGUUCACUCUUAUGUGCAGUCAAUGACGAGGAAAGAUAUCAAGGGUGUGAACCACUAGUCUUGAUGUGCCCUGGGUGCUCUGCUUCCAUUGAAUGCCCGUCCAUAUUCAAUUCCAUAUGUUCGUCCAUAAGUCAGAAGCCAGCAGACUUACAAUCAGAAAAGCCUGCUGUUGAGUUUUGGCACAAAUUACAGUGUCCCAAAUGUCCAGAGGAGUCCGGUACGGGCAAACUGUCACCUUCUUUAUUAGCAAACCAGGUGAAGAGGCAAGCUGAGGGAUUUGUUUCAACAUACUACAGAGGACUGAUGCUGUGUGAUGAUGAAACAUGCAACUAUACUAGCCGCAGCCUGAACCUACGUGUAAUUGGCGACUCCGAGCGAGGAACUGUUUGUCCAAACUACCCUCGCUGCGAAGGACAUCUCCAAAGGAAGUAUACAGAAAGGGAUCUGUACAGACAGCUUUCGUAUUUCUGCCACAUUUUGGACACCGAACGUUGCAUCAAUAAGGUUGAUGCUAAGAUAAAGCUGCAAGUGGAGAAGGAGAUGGCUGGAAUCCGGCCUCUGGUCAAGACAGCUUCUUCCACAAUAGAGAAAUUGCGCGAUCGGUGCGGUUAUGGAUGGGUCCAGCUGAGCAAUCUGACGGUUGACAUUUAAUUUAUUAUUGUGAAUCUGUGAUAACCUUUGUAUAUUGUUAUGUACAUAUAUAUAUUCAAUUUUAUAAGAUAUAUAUACAUAGAUCCAUAACAAACGAAGUGAAUUUGUCAGCAGAUAGUUAAUAACCUAACCAUAUCGUUUACAUUUUUUCAACUAUAUUUACAAACUGUGUAACCCUUCUCAUAAAGAAAGUUGUUGAGGUUCACAAAGCCUAAAUAUAUU